AAUCAUAAAGAACAUUAAUAAUGAAUUUAUGGUUAGUUUAAUAAAAAAAUUAUUAUAUAAUUAGAUAAAUCAACAUAUUUUCUAAUGAUUCUAAGAAUCAUCCUAGGGAUGACACGUGGCUACAAAAAGAAGUUGUAAUGUUUCUCAAAUAAUAUAUAAUAUAUAGAGGAUUGGAAUACAAUGCUGAAUGUAGGUUUACAAUAUGUAUGUCAUUGCAAAUCUUUAUUUAAAAAUAACCAAUUAUUUAAAUUAACGUCUUAAGAUCAUAUCGAUAAAAUAAGUAUAGUCUGUAAACAUUAAUUUUUUUAUUUCUUAAUAAUAUACGUAUCUUCUAAGUAGCGGUUGAGUUAUUCUUGGGUUCACCAACCAAUAGUAGUUGAUUAUUUAAUAUUUGAUAUCUUUAAAAAAGAAAAAAAAACAAUAAAGAAAUUAAUUUAUAAUAUAUCUUUUAAAUAAAGAUAUAAAAAAACUUAAAAAUAGUAAUAAUUACAAAAACAAUUAAUAAACUAAUAUUGAUAAUGCUGUCAGCACAAUAGUAAACCAUAAACCCUAAAUUCUAAACUCUUUGAUAAACCCUAAACUUUGGGGUAAAUUCUAAACCCUAAAACAUAAAUAUUUAAAACUAAAUGUUAAUAACACUGAACCCUAAAUCCUUGGAUAAACCAUAAACCCUAGAAUUUAUCAUUUAUUCAAGGGUUCAUGGUUUAUCCAAGAGUUUAGGGUUUAGUGAUUAGAGUUAGGGUUUAAUGUUAUUAGGAUUUCAUUUUUAAUGUUUUUAGGGUUUAAGAUUUAUCCAAAAUUUUAGGAUUUACCCAAGUUUUAGGAUUUAUCCAAGGGUUUACGGUUUAGAAUUUAGGGUUUAGAGUUUAGUAUUGUACUGACUGUGUUAACGAUAUUAUUAUUUUUUUGCAAUUAUUAGUAUUUUUAGGUUUUUUAUUUUUUUAUUUUUAAAAUAUAAUAUAAAUUAAAUUCCUUAUUAUUUUGUUUCUUUUUUUUUAAAGAUAUCAAAUAUAAAAUAGCCAACUACUAUUGGUUGGUGAACCUAGUGGUUUAUCCUACGGAGUGAAGCCAAUAAUAACUCGUAGCUGUUUAUAUUAUAUCCCUAGUGAAUCCCCUAAUCGAUUUUGGACUAACAGUUUUUUUAAUUGUAUCCUUAAGUUGUCACAUAAAAUUGAUUGACAUCUUAAUUAAGUGAUAAUUAAUAAAAAAAAUUAAUUAUUACAAACUACAUGUUACAUCUUUUUUAAUGUUUUUCUAUUAAUAUAUAAAAGAUAGCUAUUAGGUUAUAGACUUAUAGCCUUGCUGCCAAAGUUUUGCAUAUUAAAUAUAAAUUUUCUAUAUUUUGAUCAUUCCGAUUUGUGUACCAAGUCUAUGUUAUUCGAUUUUUAACUAUAAGAUUAUUAAGUUAGUAUUAUUGAAUUGUUUGAUCUAAAAAGGAAAACAUCAUUUAUACAUAAAUAAAAGUAAAUCUCUUUGAUUUGCUGGUUUAGGAAAAUUUAUAUUCUAUACCUACCAAUUCUUUUUCAAUUUUGUUCGGGUUCAACAAAACCAGACACUUUCUUCUGUUUUUCAAUUCUCCGUUAUACAGAACUGUAAUAUCAUAACUACAAUGGCUACCAAGGUUUUAUGUUGAAAAUUUUCAUGAGAAAUUAACUAUUAUAAUUGUUACUAUAUACUAACAGAAGAAGGUGUCAGGUUUUGUUUGUUUGUCAACUUGUUCGGAUGUAUAAGUUAUCAUCAUAGUUUUGGGUGUCAACUUUGUAUGGCCGAGUAUUGUUUAUCAACUUGUUACGCUAGAGUAUUGCUUUUCAUCUUUUAUUUUCCCAACGUCAGUAUUGUUUAUCAAUCGCCAUGUUCUUAUGAUCGAGUAAAUCAGUCGCAAUUUAUGUUCUCUUUUUAUGCUCACCUAUAGUUUAUGUUUGUUAGCGUAUAUCAUAUUUCACAUUUCGUAUACAUAUUAUACACUUACACCUCCCUUAAAUAUUACAUUCCCUAGCAAUUGGAUUUGGACAAACAAAUUUUUCAAUUGAUUCAUAUGGUGACACGUAAGCAAAAUUAAUAGCCUAAUUAACUGACACAUAAGCAAAGACGUUUUUUAAUUAGUACAAAAUACAGGUUAUAACUUUUUAAAUGUUUCUCAAUUAAUAUAUAAGGGAUUGGAUAAAGAAAAAUAAAUAACGAGAUGAAAUUUGACAUUGCAAUUGAAAAUAUUUAAUUAAGGGUCCAACUUAGUUUAUGCAAACACAAUAUAAUGUCUAAAUGGAAGGUUAGUUGGACGACUUAAAACAAAUUUAUCUUCCAAUAAUCAUACAAUUUUAAGACACCUCUGUGUCUUCCAUCCGUAAUUAUAUAAUUCAAAAAAUGUACUUAUAAUAUACCAAACUAGGUGAAGAUCUACGCCUUACGCAACAUGAAGAUGCGGAAAAUAUUAUAUAUACAAAUCAAUUUUAUAUAUUAUUAUUUAUUUUGUGUUUAUUACAUGUCUUGAAAUAAUAAAUAUAUUGAAUAAUAGAAAAGUGAGUAAUUUUUAUGUAUAUAAUUAAAUUAUAAUAAUAACAUAAAUCAAAAUAAUAUUUCUUGUUUUUUAACAAUAUUUUUAUUGGUAAAUAAAUAAAUAAAAUUAUUAGAUUUAUUUUAUAUAUUAUAUAAUUAAAUUUAAAUUAUAUGAACAAAUAUAUAUAUAUAUAUAUAGUAUAUAUUAAUAUGGAUACUUAUUAAUUGAGGCUUCAUACUCAUAUAAUUUUAUUAACAUUUGUAUAUUUUUUUACCCCCAAAAUUAAACCACUAAUCACAAAAUUUUCAGGGUGAAAUUAUUAAUAAUUUUAGUAAUUUAUAAUUAUUUAAAAAAAUUCAAUAAAACUUCAAAACUAAAAUAUUAAGGUCUCAAUAUGUUUGCAAUGAAAAUUUUGAAAUUAACAUAUUUAUGUAUUUUUAUAUAGUAUAUAGUUUAAUUUUCAUAUGAUUUUAUGAUCAUUUGUAUCUUGUUAUAACAAAAAAAAUUAAACUACUCAUCACAAAUUUAUUAAUGUCAGAGUUUUAACAAUAUUAGUAACUUAUAGUCAUUUAAAAAAAUUCAAAAUAUAACAUAUAAGAAAAAAUAUAAUUUUUUAUUAUAUGAUUAAUGUGAUUGUUUAGUUUAUUUUAAGCAUAUAAAAUUAAACAAAAAUGAUGAAAAAUACAAAAAUUGAUAUCAAAUAUUUAUUAUUGAAAAUUAUUAAUUAUCAUAUAUAUGUUAAUCAUAUUAGAUAAUUCCGUAAUUUUUAUUUAAGGAAAUAAAUAAAAAUGUUUUGUGUACACUACUAAUCAAUUUUAUAUUUAGUUUAAUAAAAAAUAUAAUAUAAAUUCAGAUGAACCAACUAAUUUUUCUAAAGAUUCCAAAAAUUAUCGUAGUGAUGACACGUUAUUAUAAAAAAUGUUGUUAUGCUCUCCAAUUAAUAUAUUAGGGAUGUUGCUAGGUUUGAAUUCUUUGUCUUAUAAAAAAAAGAUAUGAAAUCUGUUUUACAUUUUAUUUUUAAUUUAAUUUUGGCUAUCUAUUUUUUAACUUUUGCAGUUCAAGAUUCUUCAAUAGUAGUUUCAAUAAAAUUAACUAGGGAUAAUAUAGACAAAGGUACUAAAAAUGAAGCUAUAUUAAUUGUGAAAACUAUCUUGUAUAAUUUUAAAAGGUAAUAAAUGUCCGUUUGUGAUUAUGGAUACAAAAAGUUUAACUAUCUUAAUGUCCGUAUAUGUUUAGAAAAAAAUCUUUGUCCCUAGUUUCCUUUCUUUUUGAAAAAAACAAGUUUUUUUUCUUUUUAUAUUUGAACGCCUUUAAGCAAAAAAAAAACUAGAUUAUAUAAUGUUUUAUUAAAAAUGUAUGUCUGCCCUUAAUUUUUGAUGUAAAAUUUUUUUUCUCUUUGUAUUUAUUUAUUUUUAUCAACAUAGAUUAGUGGUUUUUUCAAAAAAAAAAAAGAUUAGUGGAGACUCUGGAGAUAGAGGAAUAUAUGAAUGUAUUUUUGUACAGUCUCGACUAAUUUGUUUACUUGAAGAAAUUUUUUUGUGUUUAACGAGGAUUUGUUUGUGGAAGCCCUUAGUCCAGUGGUUUAACUAAUGGUCCAUUAAUGAUUCUAUACCAUGAGGUCUGAAGUUCAAAUCCUAGAAAACGCAAAUUAUACAUAUUAUGGAGAAAAAAAUUACAAGAGGUAUUUAGCAUGGUGCAUGACGUAUCAUCGAACAUAAAUCUCAUAAAGAGACUCGGAGUGAUGCAGUCAGACGUGCAUUCUCAUAUGAUGGUAGAAUUACCGGCUCUAAAUUCGUUUAUGUAAUAUUUCUCAUCGUUGUAAUAUUAUAAUUAAUCACACGUUAAAAAAACGAAGAUUUGCUUCCUUAUUUUUUAGUAUGUAAUGUAUCAAUGAAAUUAGAAGCUCAGAGCAAGGAAAAAUAAAGAAAUAUAAGUUGUGCAAGUUACAAUAUAGGAAUAGAAAGAAUGCGAUGAUUUCUCGUUGGUGAGUGUUCGUGUGGAGAAUAAACUACAAAACCAUCAACAAAAAUCUCAUAAAGAAUUUGGUUUAUGGUUUUACUGGAUUUUAAUUGAUUUCGAACACCUUGGUUAUUUAACGUGAAAAAUAAUAAUGGCAUGUAAGCAACUUGUCAUUAUCAAAGGUAGUCAUUCUUCAACAAUAGUUCCCUCGUGGUAAUCCAGGGUUUAUUUCCUUUAUGUAAUUCAACGUCAUUAACUAUUCUUUGUUUAAACUUUGUUUGCAUCUGUUGAGUAGCUACUUAAGUCACUUUCGGAUGUUUUGUAGGUCUCAUCAAAAUGUAACGUCCAGCAAAUAUGUUGGCGGUUGUCUGAUAUUUUAAGCCAGUUAUUGUCCAUUAUAACUUCUAUGGUUAGUUUUGGUAUAGUUUGCAGUGGUCAUUGUGAUUGUAUAGUGAAUCAUCAUAGCUGUAUACAAAUCUUAAUGAAUUUAUCGUCAAUACCAAGACGUCUAUGGACCAUGGAAACCACUAUAAAACCAAUAAUGCUAUAGAGAAGAUUUCAUUAUCAAAACAUGUGACAAGUUGAUUACAAAUGGAAAAGAAUCAAAGUCAACAAUUGCUAUGAAAUAAGAUACGGAAGUCUAAGAUUAUCCAAGUUUUAGAAUGGUUCUUAAAAACAUUGGUUUUUGUUAUAUGAUAUUCCAAUAGGAGUUUAGCCAUUAAAUGCCCCUAACCAAUCCCCCAAAUACGACCAGACUGAAAUUAAAUCCAACAUACCUAGUUUAUAAAAAACAUAAACGAAUGUUGAUAUAUAAACCAAUUAAUAUCAAAACUCAGAAAGUUAAAACAUAAUGCUGCAUGCAAUUAUGAAAAUCAUUCCUUCAUAACAUUUACAAAGUGAUAGCAAAUUUGAGAUGUUCCGCAUAAAUAUACCACCAGCUCAUUUGAGGCAUAUACGGAUUUGAUAUGAUUCCAUCCAUAAUUAUUUAUAAUAUUAUAUAAUAUAUACUUAACUGUACACAUGAUUAUAUAACCACAAAAAUGAUCUGUCUUAUGAUGUACUUAUGCCGAACCUUUGCACAGUCUGCGUAUAUAUACACACACAAUUAAACCCAAGAGCUACAACAAACACUAAAACUCAUUUAUCUUUCUCUCUCCCUCUCAUCAUCAUCUUUGGCCAUGGCGAAGGACUUGGAGGUGCAAGAGGGAAGAGCAGCGAGGGAUUACCAGGAUCCACCCCCGGCCCCAUUGUUUGACAUGGAGGAGCUUGGGAAGUGGUCGCUCUAUAGAGCGGUCAUAGCUGAGUUUGUGGCUACACUUCUCUUCCUUUACGUCUCAAUCCUCACCGUAAUCGGGUACAAAGCUCAGACCGACGCAAGCGCCGGAGGAGCUGACUGCGGCGGUGUUGGGAUAUUGGGGAUUGCGUGGGCUUUCGGUGGAAUGAUCUUUGUUCUCGUUUACUGUACCGCCGGUAUCUCCGGUGGUCAUAUAAAUCCGGCUGUGACGUUCGGACUGUUCUUAGCUCGAAAAGUGUCAUUGGUGAGGACAGUGUUAUACAUUGUGGCUCAGUGCCUUGGUGCCAUCUGCGGUUGCGGUCUGGUUAAAGCGUUCCAAAGUUCUUACUACAACAGAUAUGGAGGUGGAGCCAACCAGCUUGCGGAAGGCUACAACAAAGGUACCGGACUAGGUGCCGAGAUCAUCGGAACAUUUGUCCUUGUCUACACCGUCUUCUCGGCCACCGACCCGAAGCGAAGUGCACGUGACUCUCAUAUUCCUGUUUUGGCGCCACUUCCCAUUGGUUUUGCCGUCUUCAUGGUUCAUUUAGCCACCAUCCCCAUCACCGGAACUGGAAUCAACCCGGCCCGUAGCUUCGGAGCCGCAGUUAUCUACAACCAAGAAAAGGCCUGGGACGACCAAUGGAUAUUUUGGGUGGGACCGAUGAUCGGAGCAGCGGCGGCUGCGUUAUACCAUCAGUUUGUUCUACGAGCGGCUGGAAUUAAAUCUCUUGGCUCCUUUAGGAGCUCUGCUUAACUUGAAUUGUUUGAAUUAAGCCACAAGUUAAUCUUUCAUAAAAUGAUGAUGAUUACCUGUAUUAAGCGUAAGCUACCUAAAGUUCAAAAAAAAGAAGCGUAAGCUACCUGUAUCUUUUAUUUAUUUAUAUGUUCUGUUUUUAUAAUUUCUUGGAAUUUUCCCAUUGGUCGCAAACCUGGUUUUAAUUAAUGUUGCUUUAAGAUAAAUCUCAAUUUCCCUUUUUUUUCAUUGAGUAGAGUUAACGUUAAUUUCAUUUGUAAGCUACUUGUAUCAUUUGUUAUUUUAAAUUUCAAGUAACAAAAAGUUGGAUGAAUAAAUGAAUGAACAAAGGUGUUUGUGUAACUUUGCUGGAUAGUGUGUUAUUCUAGUAAUUAUAAAAUUAUAAGAGUUAGUUUAGUCAUUACAUGUAUGAUUAGAGUUAUUAUAAGUAAUUUCUCUUAAUUUAAUUAUAAGAACUUUACUAAAGAGAUUACCAAUGAGGUUAUCCUAAUUUCUUGAGAAUCAAUAGAUAUGAAUAAAGUAUACAAACACAAGAAGAGUGUCACAAAUUUAUAA